CCUCAGUGUGUGAGAGACAGAGGACGUGAGAGCAGGCAAGAUGGAGCGCUGGCACAGAUGAAGACUGUCCCUGGCCUCAUUCGACAGCCCACAUGAGCGUCUCCAAACCCCCGCCGCCCCCCUCCACCUCCCACCUGGCCAUCCCCCCUUCCUCCACCUCCAACCCCCCCUCCUCCUCAUCCUCCCCUUCUCCCUCGGUGACCCCCCACUCUUCAGCUCCCCCCCCUCCCUCCCCAGUCAAGAUCUCUAUGCAGGAGCACUUUGCCAUCAACGUGUGCCCGGGCCCCAUCCUCCCCAUCCCGCAGAUCUCAGAUUUCUUCCCCCGUUUCCACGACUACCCAUGCACACCGCCCCCACCACGGGAGAAGAAGAUCCUGAAAGAGGAGACUUUUAACGGGGAGGUGGGCGGAGGCGAUAAGGACAGGGAGAGAAGGGGGGACACUGAUGGAGAGCGAGGGGAGGAGUUGGACUCCGAUGAUGAUGACACCUACCUGGGCACAUUGGAGUUCAGCCUGCACUUUGAUCAGGAGAACAACUGUCUUCACUGUACCAUUCACAAGGCCAAGGGACUGAAAGCCAUGGACUCCAACGGGCUGGCGGAUCCAUAUGUCAAGCUCCAUCUCCUGCCAGGGGCUAGCAAGGCAAACAAGCUACGCACAAAAACCCUGAAGAACACCUUGAACCCAGUGUGGAAUGAAACGCUGGUAUAUCACGGUAUCACAGCAGCCGACAUGACCACCAAAACACUCAGGCUCUGUGUAUGUGACAUGGACCGACUUGGCCGAAAUGAAUUCAUUGGUGAAGUGAGAGUGGCUCUGAAGAAACUGAAAGAGGGAGAGAACAAAAGGUACAAUAUGGGCCUGGAGAGAAUUGCACAGAAUAAAGAAAGCAACAAUCAAACGGUGGAGCAGGGAGCACCUGUAGCAGAGGAGGAGCGCGGCCGCAUCCUGGUGUCACUGUGCUAUAACACAGAGAAGGGCUGCCUGCUAGUGGGCAUCAUACGCUGCGCCCAUCUGGCUGCCAUGGACUCCAAUGGUUACUCUGACCCCUUCGUCAAGAUUGUGUUGCAGCCCGAUAUGGGGAAAAAGUCCAAGUACAAAACCUCAGUGAAGAAAAAGACGCUCAACCCUGAAUUCAAUGAGGAGUUUUCAUAUGAAGUGUCCCUGGACCAGCUGGCGAAGAAAACCCUGGAGAUCUCCGUGUGGGACUACGACUUGGGAAUGAGUAACGACUUCAUAGGUGGAGUGGAACUGGGCAUAAAUGCCAGCGGACAAAGACUCAGACACUGGUUUGAGUGCCUCAAAAACAAAGGGAAGAAAGUCGAGUACUGGCAUACACUCACACAACAAGGAGCCCCAAGCAGUGACAAACCAGACUAGGUUACACACCAAGACAUACAUGUGCACACAUACUUAUACACACUCACACACACACACACACACACACACACACAAACACUAACACAUGCACUCACACAUACACGUUCUUCACUGAGAGAUGUUUGAUAAUAAAGAUGGCUACGUAACGCAGCAACAGGAACAAUGGAUAAAACAUGCAAUAGUAAUGAUGUUGAAAAAGAAAUAUGUCACAUAAUGCCAAUAAUUACAGCACCAAGAAUUGUCACACUAUCCGUACCAAUAAUAGUGAUUAAUGAUGGUAAUAAGGUGUAAUCUGAAUACUUUUUUUUUUUCCUGAGGUAAACCAAAUUGUGAAAAUGUUCUUAUUCAAGUGUUGACCGUAAACAAACAAUACUCACAAAAUUGUGCUUUAGCCCUUGUAUUGUGGAAGUCACUCACAUAUUGUUCAAAUUUACACCCAAAAAAAAAAAAGCAAUGAAUUCUGAACUGUUUGGAAACUUGAUUCACUGAGAGGGUCAGCAGUGUGAGUACUGUGCUGACUCAUAAGGUGGCGUUAUAUCAUGGUUACUGGUGCCAGAACGUGAUGAGAGGGUGAUUCUGUUCUCUCUGUCCUGCAGAGUCUUUAUUCUAGUGGGUGUUGACCUGAUGCAAAACACCACAACAUAUUUUAAAGCACAAAAAGGAUCCAUUUGGUGGAUUUGUACCUUUACCGUCUCAGUGUACUUGUUCUAAUGUCUUUCAGUGUCCUUCAGUGACAGUGGUUGUCCAUACACUCUCAUAUCAGACAUUAAAUGUGCCAAUUUCUGUGUGUGUGCGUGUGUGCGUGUGUGUGUGUGUGCGUGUGUGCGUGUGUGUGUGUGUGUGUGCAUGUGUGUGUGCGUGCAUACAGUGCAGAUGAAUGGAGCUAUGAGAAUAUGAGUGCCUACAUUUUCUCUGUGCAGUAUGUGUAUAUCUGUGUUCACAUCAUGCCCUAUCUGAAAAGUCUCUAUCAAUCCUCCAACGUAGAAGCACAGAGCUAUGAAGGAAAAAAAAAUUAAAAGGACAAGAAAGAAAGAGAAAUUCACCACAAUAUGAGACCUCAGCGGUGUGUGUUCCUGGCUGGAGGACACUGACAAGCUGUCAAUCACUACGGCUUCCACUCUCUCAUUGUCAGACAGUCAUAAGGCACUUUUUAAUGUGGAGCACUCCCUGAUCUGUGACCUCUGACCUCUGUUCCUGCCUGGACCUUUUGAAUCCCCUGAUGGAAGGCUGAGGUUUUGUCUGCAGCAGAAAGGAUGUUGCCUUCAGAGGUAUCUUUGGGAGCCAUCAUUCCACUGCAGCAGCACGAACCGGCCUCCAACAGCAUCGAAACAAAUAUACCUCAGUGACUUCAAUUCCACUCCAACAGCCACAGAUGAUGCAACAUUUUGCUCCUGCAGGGCAACCUCAAAUCAAUAAUAUAGUAACUUCUAGCUGUUUGAUUGGUCUUAUUAUCUGAUACAUCAGAAUAAGGCUCCCCAAAGCCUCGAAAGCUCCCCAAAUCAACAGCUCUACACUUUCAGGCGUGCUCUCUCUCUCUCUCU